AUGAACGGCUUUCUUUUUAUUGCAGGUGAUAUUCAAUUACCACAAAAGAUUAAAGAAGCUAUGCAAAUGCAAGUUGAAGCUGAUCGCAAGAAACGGGCAGCUAUUUUGGAAUCCGAAGGUCAGCGUGAGUCCGCUAUCAAUCGUGCUGAGGGUAUGAAACGAAGUCAAGUGUUAGCAUCAGAGGGUGAGAGAACUGAGAUAACUAACAAAGCUCUUGGUAAGUGCAUUCUCCGUGAAAACAGUAUUUUUCCUACUCAAAAUCGUCGUCUUAUGGUGCCAAAUGUGACCUUGUUCAAGUGCGCAAUUAUCUUAUUUCGAUAUUUACCAGCUAAUAAAGUCGCAGAGCACCGGAUUUCGUAUACUGUAACCAGGAUGUCCGCCUUAGUUUAA